AUGGUGUAUAUUGUACAAAAUAAAGAAGAUCUGGAUAAGAAGCUGGAGGAAGCCGUCGGCUCUGGUCAAUUGGUGGUCAUUGAUUUUUUUGCAAACUGGUGUGGGCCAUGUAAAAUUAUUAGUCCGAAACUCGAAGAGUUGGCCACACAAUAUGCCGAGAAAGCGAUUGUGUUGAAAGUCAAUGUGGAUGAUUGUGAAGACAUAGCCCUUGAGUACAACGUGACCAGUAUGCCAACAUUCGUUUUUAUCAAGGAUAAUCAUGUUAUUGAUGUAUUCGUUGGCGGCAACUCAGAGAAACUGGUCAAGAAUAUGGAGAAAUAUGUAGGCGAACCAAUACCCGUAGAAAAUAUGCCAGAAAUUGUGGAAGCCGAACAAAUAAUCGAGGAAGAAACUGUGCUUGACUAAAGAAAUAUUAAUAUUAGAUUUGUUUUCCUGAAAUCAAUAUACUUAUCAUGUUUUAAAUUAACAAUCACUUA